UCCUCCUCCUCCUCCUUCUCCUCCUCCUCCUCCCCCAGCCCCGUAAUGAGGACAUCUUUAUCCCUGAUGAGUCCUCUGGUAGGCAGCGCCCCAGGCCAGUCCCAGGCCACACACUGCCCCCAAGAGGUCCCCGCUGCCAGCAUGAUGGUGAGGUCCUGUGAGGUGACCGGCACUACGGGGAGCCACGUAAAGGUCCUGCCAAUCUCAUCCCUGUGUGUAGGCGAGGGCCACGCCUCAAGUUGCAGUGCCACACACCCCACGAGUGACCAGCAUACACACGCCACAGUGCACAGACCCCAGGGACCAGUGACAACCUUGAGGCACACCCACAGGGACCACAUCCCCAGCGAUCGUGAAGCAGUAGAGGACAGCUGCUUGACACUCGUGGAGGAGGCGAUGCAGCCUUCCUCCUCCCGGCCAGAGGGUCGUGGUGGGACACAGGCGACCCACACACCAUCGAACACCACGACUGAAACUGUUCUGGAGAGAAAUCUGGUGUACAGGGACGACAACAUCGCUUACGUGGUGGAAGGACUGUACUUGGGCAACAUCACCGCCGCGUACAGCCAGCCUCUGCUCUGCCGCCUGGACGUGCAGUGCGUAGUGGACCUUUCUGGCACGCGGCCUGCUCAGGUGCCUGCCGCCAAGAAGUCCAUCUGUCCAUGCACCUGUCCCCGCACCACGCCGCACCAUAGGUCAAGGCUGUGCAUCGACAUUCCUGACACAGAUGAAGUAGACAUAACACAGUUCAGCUCGGAGGUGACUCGCUUCAUCCACGCUGCCCAUCUCAAGGGAAAGAACGUGCUCGUCCACAGUUACAAGGGCCAAAGCCGCGCCCCAGCACUGGUUAUCCUCUACCUGAUGACCAUCAUACGCAUGUCCUUCGCCCAAGCCUUGUCCCUGGUGCAGACAUCCUACCCCUGCGUGGACCUCAAUCCUGCCUUUAGAAUGACGCUGCAGGAAGUGGACCGUCGCCUCAGCCCUCCGCCUUCUCCUUCACCAGGCCCAGACAUCACGACCAUCACCACCACCACCACCACACAUCCGAAAAUAAGGACAGCAUGGACAUAAUUAAACAUGUCCACUGACUGUUAUUCUACUUAUCUAUUCAUUAACCAUUUAUAUAUACACAGCUUUUCAUUAAGUAAAGGACAUACUCACAAGAAAAUGAUAAAGCCCACAUGGUAUAAAAAAAAAAAAAAGAGCAUAAGAACAUAAGGAAAGCUGCGAAAAGCCAUCAGGCCUACAUGUGGCAGUUUUUGCGUGUGUCUGGUAGUGUAAUUAAUAAACUAACUUUAAAUUCGAAAUAAAAAAUAAAUGUUUCUCCGAACAA